AAGUUGAAUCCUAGGUGUCAAGUCCACAUCCACCAGAAAAACCAUUUAGUCCCCUGCUCUUCACCACAAUUUCAUUAACACAUUACACUCUUCUUGCAUUGCAAACAGAUUCUACACUUGCCGGCAACUCAUCAGAAUCAGACAAUGGCUUCCUUAGCAGCAUCCACUGCGGCAGCCUCCAUCGGAGUGUCGGAAAUGCUAGGGAACACCCUCAACUUCUCCUCCAGGACAGCUCCAUCUGCAUCAAGCCCUGCAACCUUUAAAACGGUUGCUCUUUUUGGUAAGAAGGCUGCUCCUCCACCAAAGAAGGCUGUUGUUGCUGCCCCCGAGUCCGAUGAACUCGCCAAGUGGUAUGGUCCUGAGAGGAGAAUUUUCUUGCCAGAAGGUCUGUUGGACAGAUCUGAAAUUCCUGAGUACCUAAAUGGAGAAGUUCCUGGAGACUACGGAUAUGAUCCUUUUGGCCUUGGCAAGAAACCAGAAGACUUUGCUAAAUAUCAAGCAUAUGAGCUUAUCCAUGCUCGCUGGGCGAUGCUGGGAGCUGCUGGUUUCAUCAUCCCAGAGGCGUUCAACAAAUAUGGAGCUAACUGCGGCCCUGAAGCUGUUUGGUUCAAGACCGGAGCUCUACUCCUUGACGGAAACACACUGAAUUACUUUGGAAAGAACAUUCCCAUUAAUCUUGUACUUGCUGUUGUUGCUGAGGUUGUUCUUCUUGGUGGCGCAGAGUACUACAGGAUCACCAAUGGCUUGGAUUUGGAGGACAAACUUCACCCCGGAGGUCCAUUUGAUCCAUUGGGACUAGCAGAUGACCCUGAUCAGGCUGCACUUCUGAAGGUGAAGGAGAUCAAGAAUGGAAGACUUGCAAUGUUUGCGAUGCUCGGAUUCUUUAUACAAGCUUAUGUAACUGGAGAGGGACCUGUGGAGAACCUUUCAGCUCAUUUGAGUGAUCCCUUCGGCAACAACUUGCUUACUGUCAUUGGAGGAGCCGCAGAACGAGCCCCUACUCUUUGAGUUGUUUUUUCUAGCUUGUACUCUGGAAAAUCCCAAAUGUACUGUACAAUUUAUUGUGGCAUUUAAAGGCAAUUAACCAUCA